AUGGACGUGGACAAGCCUUCUAACGUGUCUCAAGACACAGCCACUGCGUCUUCUGGUCCCAACCCCGACACCUUCGAUAGUUCGAUAAAUACACAGGGCGGCACCCAUAAGCCUCCUAAUGCGCUCCCGGCUCUCGUUGAUAUCGUCGAGACUAUCCCUGGCAUGUAUCGGAUCUUGGACCUGGUUAGUGAACAGGGCAGCGGCGGCUUAGUCGACAAGGUCAUUAUCAGCCAGGCUUCUUUCGGACGAUUCGUCGACGACAUUUGUCCUGGUGCUUAUCAAUCAAUGACCCGUGUCAACUUCGAGGCUCUCGACGACCUCUCGGUCAGGCCCUUGGGAAUAUAUGGCAGCAAAUCUGAGAUUGUUCGCUACCUCAAAGAUUUGGAUUUGAUCACCGACGUAACGUACCACAGUUCACAGGUUCUUCUCACUGGACAGGAUGACAUGCCUGCCACCAGAGCAUUGCGCUCUGGCCUAUACGUCCUUCUCAAUGCGCACGCUGAUGUCGUAUACGCGAUCUUUUGGCCUCAAGAUACCACUUGGGACGACGAUGCCAUCUCCUCAGUAGCUCGCAACAGGGUCACGUUCAUGCGAUACCUCACGAAGAUCGCCGACCAAAUCAUCGCUCUUGUACCAGACGACUACUCUGAUUCGAUGGUUCUUGCGGAAGAGGCUCCUGCUGAGUCUUUUGACGUGGACGGUGUUGACAGACUCUUCACAUUCGAGGUCAGGAAAACACGCGAAGAAGAAGAGAAUGUGACUGCUACGGAAGGUUUCAAGGUAUUAUCUUCGUUGUGUCCACAUGGAAUCGCGUUUCCAUUCAUCGGCGUUUCUCGACUCUUGCAUCCACGGCUCGUCUAUGGCGAGACGUGCCUAGGCAUCAUGUCGAUCAGCUACCAGAAGCCCAUCACCAUGGAAAGGUGGAAGACUGAGGAGUUUUCUCGCACACGGCUGUUGGAGUUUAUCAAAAAGGAAUCUUUCGUACUGUCAAGGUCUUUGUCGGAAGACGCAUUCAAAGCUCUUGUUGAAAUGGGCUUGGCGGCCUUCGCUCAAGAUGAAUACCAACAGCUAGACGAGCGACGAAACUCGUUGACAGCUGAUCUUGCCAAGCGGGAGAAGGAAGUCUCCGACAAGCUAGAAAGCACCCUUCUGGAUCAAAACCUGCUACUCGUCGACGCGCUUUUCAUGGAGGCAGCUGCUGUAGUUACAGGCACCAUAGACGAACUACGACCGGAACAGUCCACCACAGUUGACCAUGUGGAAGGUAUGUCGUGUCGAUCCUUUACAUGUAUGAUGCAGUUGGUGAAUGCCAUUAUAGCUACAAAGCUACUCGAGCACUUGAGCGCCCUCUACCCCCCUAUCCGGAAGCUCCGUAGUGAGAUGCUUUCUGAUCAAAAGCUCAAGACCAUUGGAGUGAAGGGAUUUGCCAGUCGAAAGGAGAAGCUCAUCAAGUCGCAAACGUUCGAAGUUCAAGGAAGCUCGUCUCCAGCUCAAUCUGAGAAGGACCCUGAAGAGAUAACUGAAGAGAAACCCGAGUGGAAACCUUCCUGGGCAAGUGUGGUAGCUGGGACAGUGUCGAAAACCAUUUCGGCGUUCGUGCCGGGGCCUGUCUUCCGGCCCGCCUACCAGGCUGGUCGUGGCCAAAAGAUGCCCAGCAACGUAGAUUUUUUGCGCAUGCUUCCUGACAUAAUCAGUACUUCCCCCGAGCUGGCGGCAGAGGCGCAAGAGGCCAUCGCUAUCGGGCGUCAACACUUCACUAGCCACAUCUCGACGUCGGUCAAUAAAGUGGCAAAAAAGAUCGAAGAUCUCCAGCGCACUGAGUUGAAGAAUCAACAACAAGCACACUGCAAGCACGCUAUAUCAGCUACCCGGGACGACUCUAGGAAGGUAUUUAUUGAGAGCAUUCAGACCAAAUUCUUCCGCGACCCCGACAAUGUAUUUGUGUUGAAUGAUGUCCGAGAUACCAGCGCAGUAUGGUCGGCGGCCGGAUCCUUCCGCUUAACUGGUACCGCGCAAUGGAAGAACGAGGCAUCUCUCAAGCACGCUAUCAGCCUGCUCCACUUGACCGAGACGGACAAGCAUGCCAUGCAGCUCGAUAAGACUCACGUGCCUACCCCGCGACUCCAAACUUCGACCUGUUCGUUCAACCUGACCUUCGCCCAUCGGAUACUGCUCAUUCAGCUAUUGCAUGACUCGCGCUGUUUACUGAUAAUCAGGGACGAAAUUCGGGGCGACGUGUCCAUAUACUUCGAGAAGCUUGUCGAUCUCGACAAUGCCGUUAAGUAUAUGCGGCCCAAGAAGACAUUCAGCGCCUCUAAGCUACACGGCGAACUCCUGUUCUCAUUUGACGAGACGAAGCGAACGCUCGCUGUAUGCGUUGUUGCAAAGUUGCAUGUACAUGCGUUCGUCUUCGACGAGCAUUACCGAAACUUACAAGGCCUCGGAUCGACUAUCGAGCUCUCCCCCUGGUACGACCAACACAUAAAACUGGUACACAUGAUUUUCCGCUGUGGUGCAGACGAAGAGUUGCUGCUCGUGGACAACACAGGACGAGCUCGCAUACUGUCACUUACUACUCAGCAAUUCCGUCCUGCAUCUCUGCAGUUGCCGUCUUCUACUCGGAGUUUGAAAUCUUCACCCGAUGGCUCCUGCUUCUUCGUUGUGGAACCGCUUCUAGACAGGAUGAAUCUGCAGGCGUACCAUUGGGCGAGUUUUGGCUCAUCACAAGGAUUCAAUGUUGAGCUCCCGGCCAUCCCUAUCGAUUCUCUUCAGGUCACCACCUUUGCGAACCGCACGCGCUGUCACGUGACCAUCCUUUCCAUCGCCUCGGCCACCGUGCGUUCCAUAGCACUGCAUAUCUCGCACAAGAGCACCGAGUUCACGUUCCGCGCUGACGAUCGAAAUAUCCACGGGCACCAGGAACAUAAGGCAACUGCCCACAAUGCUAUCAUCGACUGCCACCGCGACGUCUGGACUCGGUUCCCCGUUGUGCCAGCGGUCCGCAGGCACACUUACAAGUCUUCAAAACGUGCUCCUCGCUCGCUGACAUUCGUUUCGUAUCUGCCGUCUCAGCUUUUCUCCACGUACUUUUCCGAUAUGAUUGGUUCGUUCGAGAGAGCCACACACAAGCCCGUCGAAGACGAGUUGGCUAGCGUUACAGUGUCCGGAAUAAGCUUCCCUGCGUUCAUGAAGCAGAGUGCUCUGUCACUCUCGCAGCUGAGAGCGGGCGAGUGGCUCGUCGAUAUCCUCUGUCUGAUCCCUAUCCAUAUCGCCGUCGCCCGUGACAACAGAUUCGUCCCUCUGAAAGACGGCGUGUGGUCGCCUGACUUCGAGCGUGCCCUGCUCGGAGCGACGGUCGAGCAGGUUGUCGAUAAGCUGUCUUUCGGCUGUCGCGAACAAUCCGUUGGCAAAAGCUUCGCUCUGAACCACCUUGCGGACACUUCGUUUGCUGGCUCUGCAAUGAGGACGACCGAAGGAGUUUGGAUGUCGGUAACUCCAACGGAACAGUGUCUGAUAGUUGCGUUAGACUUUGAAGGCGCGUUUUCGAUGAUUUUCAUUAGGGCUACAGGCGUCCACAGUAUCGAACGUUCGGCGCAGGAGGACAGCCUUCUUGUGCUCUUUAAUACUGCAAUCUCAAAUCUCACUAAUGACUGGGGGGCCCUUGACCAAAAUCUUGUGACGCAUAGAGCAUUGCAUCUGCAGACCAUUCUCCCUCUUGCAAUGCAGUUCGGGGCUAGCGAAGUGGAGCCGGACCAUGAACCACUCAAAGACAUCGACAACGGCGUGUCGCUAGCGCUUCCGCAUGGUAUCUCCGCGAAAUUCUAUCUACCCAUCGCAGGCAGAUCUGGGGACACAGAAAUCGGAGAACGAUGUCUCGAGUCACUCCGCAAAUCGUGGGACCGGUUCCAGUCUCGCGACGGCACAGCUGACCGCGGCUGGACCGACGGCCUCGAUCAGUAUCUCGAAGGUUGUGUCAAGACCCGGAUAGAAGACGUGCAGUACUGGCUCGACGUCAACACAACCCGCUUCAGCUCAGAUGCAACUACAUUCCAAGCAUUGCGGCGGCAGUUCGAAACGUUAGCUGUUGCGUUGAGGGCCGGCGUCCAGCUAUGCAAGCUUCAGUGCGCGGAGUGUCAGCUAUACUGCAUAAAGUCGCGCCACCACGCUAGUGGACACGACUGUGGCACCUCGCAUCGCUGCAUGCAUAUAUGUGCUUUCCCCGAUGAACAUGCUGGCGAAAACUCAGCUUGCGGAUUGCCAGCUGGGCAUUCCGGACAGCACAUAUGCGACAUUACUCUUCACUUGUGCGGGCAGCCGUGUCGUCUUUGGAAUCUUCUGGACCAUGUUUCGACUUAUCGCUCGAACAGAUUGUCAACCACCCCGAAGACGAGCACCUAUGCCCAGCGACUUCUCACGAAUGCGACAUGUCAGGAACAUAACUGCACGGCGCUGUGCCAGUCUGCCGGAAUAUGUCGUAUCGAGACAGCGCCUCAGUCAGUGGAGGCAACUUUCACCGGACGACAUGAGACGUUCCAAUACACGAAGGUAAGGCUUGUGUUCCGCGUCUUCUCCUUCAGAACUGACAUGCCAAUCAAUGGACUUAGUAUAUGCAAGGUAAGUUCUCGAUUGUACACCGUGGCAAAGGAGACGAUCAAACCGCUUUACACCCAGAAUCUAGACGUUUGCAAUGCAUUGUCCUGA